AUGACUGAUUGUUGGCCUACAGUUAGAGGUGUUGCAAUGAACCCUGUUGAACAUCCCCACGGUGGUGGUAACCAUCAACAUAUUGGUAAACCAUCUACUAUCCGACGUGACGCAUCACACGGUCGCAAAGUUGGUCUGAUAGCUGCUAGACGAACUGGGCGUAUUCGUGGUACUCGUGUAAUUACUUCGAAAUCCGACAAAGAAUAA